AUGGACUACAGGAAGUUGAACGACGCCACUAGAAAGGACCAUUAUCCGGUACCUUUCAUUGAUAAAAUGUUGGAUAUGUUGGCAGGACAUGAGUACUAUUGUUUUCUUGAUGGCUACUCAGGGUACAAUCAGAUUGUUAUUGCACUAGAGGACCAGGAGAAGACCACCUUCACUUGUCCGUAUGGCACAUAUGCGUUCAAGCGCAUGCCAUUCGGCUUGUGCAAUACCCCGGCCACAUUUCAGAGAUGCAUGAUGACAAUCUUCCAUGAUAUGGUGGAGGAUUUUGUUGAAGUUUUCAUGGACGACUUCUCGGUAUUUGUUGCUAGGUGUGAAGAGACAAAUUUGGUGAUAAACUGGGAGAAAUGUUACUUUUUGGUUCGAGAGGGAAUUGUGUUGGGACACAAGAUCUCCAAAAAUAGGCUGGAAGUUGACAAAGCCAAAGUAGAGGUUAUUGAGAAGUUGCCACCCCCAUCAUAG